UCACGGCGCUGCGCCAGUUAGCGAAGCAGUGGGGCAGCGGGUUCGACGGCUAUAAGACAUGGACCGCGCCCGGCGCGCCCAAGAAAUGCUCCGCCUACGUGGGCGUCGGAUGCGACUCGAGCGGCCGAGUCGUCAGCUUAACGCUGCCAGUGUCCGCAGCAGAGGGCCCCAUCACCGGCAUUUCCAAGCUCACUGCUCUGACCAAACUAUCGCUGCCAUACAACAUCAUCACGGGAUCCAUUGCUGACGUCACCAAACUGCCCAACCUGCGAUUUCUGGACCUGAGCCGAAACAUAAAGCUCGGCAAGCUACCUGGGUCUCUCACAGCCAUGACAACACUCAAACACCUCGACCUGAGUGGUUGUUGCAUCGGAGGGACUGUACCCGCCUUUCUGGGAAGAAUUAAAUAUCUCACCUUUCUCGGCCUAAGCAACAACUUCUACACAGGAGAAGUGCCACCAUCCUUCGGAGGUCUUUCCACCCUCGCCUACCUCGACAUCUCGGGAUCGGGCGAGGAGGAGGAGGAGGGCAACGGCCUCGGGAGCCCUCUGCCGUCGCAGCUCACAAAUCUCAAGGCACUCAAAUCCCUCAACCUGUGGGGCAACGAGUUCACAGGGCCCAUUCCGGACUUCCUUGGGAGCCUCACGGGACUCACGGAGCUGAUUCUGAGCAAAAACCGGUGGGACAAGACAAUCCCAAGGUCCUUCUCUCGACUUGUCAACCUGAGAACACUCGACCUGAGUGAGACGGAGAUCGCAGGCAGCAUACCCCCCUUCUUCUCCACCUUUGACAAGCUCGUUUCCCUGUAA